AAUCUGGAGCAGGCGGCGGCACAUCACUCUUCCCGCAAUACUUUGUCGACCGUUCGACCGUACUCCAUCAGCACCUGCCAGGGUUUCAAGUCUUUGCACAGCCAUCUGUCAAGCAAGAAGCAAGGUCCACCUCAGCCCAGAACGUCCAAUAUAUUUCUUCAUUGUGUGGUUUUUGUUCAGACCAGAAACUCUCAAUCAUCAACUGCGACCCUGAGUUGGUUGUCUCGCUGGUUCGAAAGAUCUCCAACGCCAUCCGAGGAUCGCCAGGAAAGCCCUGGUAUAGUCGGGAUACUAUAGGUCAAGAUGGUUUACUGCGGGAAACCCAGUCGAGGCUGCCAGAUGUGCAGGACUCGGAGGAUCAAGUGCGACGAGACCAAACCAACAUGUUUACAAUGCCAAAAAUCGAGACGCCCUUGUCCAGGAUACAAAGACGACUUUGAUCUUGUCUUCCGGAAUGAGACUCAAGCCACCGAGAGGAGAGCCCGGAAGGCCAACACUGGAAAGAAAGUCCAUCCAACGGUUACUUUUACAGGCGCCCAUACAUCCUUCUCUACUGCGCCAGAGCUCAUCAUCGAGGAUGGAUCGCAAGCUCUCAACACACCAAGUUCGGACUCAGAUACGUUUAUGGGAUUUGGGCCCCUGCCCGCCCUCACUAUACCGGUGGAUCAACAGGCUCCAUGUUACUUUAUGUCGAAUUAUGUCAUUACACCGCGCCAUGCCGCGAGAGGUUAUUUCGAUUUCCUUAUGCCGAUGUUGAAGAGUGAGAAUGCAGAUUCGCCAAUAGCGCUUGCCUUUUCAGCGGUCGCGUUGGCUUCGUUGGCAGGAAGACCGGUUGGUAGAGGGACACGGUGGUUUGGGGAUUCUUGUCUUCAAUACACGAAAGCAUUAAGGGCUGUCAACCUCGCUCUUCAAAAUCCAGCUCAGCAAUUGAAGGAUUCAACUCUUGCGUCUAUCAUAAUGUUGAGUUUCUUCGAGAACAUGGCUUCGGAGCGGGGCAAUGCCUCGGCGUGGUUCUCACACGUUGAAGGUGCGGUGCAACUUGUUAAGUUGCGAGGGAAAAAACAGUUGCGCACCAAAAUCGGUUAUUCUCUCUUUGUUUGCGUUAGAAACGCAAUGGUGAUCCAAUGUAUGUCCUCUGGCAAACCACCAGCUUUGGGAAGCGAAUGGUGGAUAUCCGACCUCGCAAACGAUGACAUCGGAGUCUUCACCAUAAAACUAAAUCUGCACGUCGCCGAGCUCCGGCACGAAAUCAACGUAGCACUAGCAACCUAUUCUCGUUCGCCUGAGAAUUUUCAAAACGUCGUAAACCUGAUGAAGCGCGCGCAAGCAAUGGAGCAAGAGUACCAAGACUGGGAGGCCUCCCUCCCAGACGAAUGGAAGCCCCGGACCGUGGCGUGGGUAGACCAGAUUCCUGGCGGCGAGAUCUCUAAGGCGGAGGUGUGUCCAGGGAAGGUGGACAUGUACGAGGACGUCUGGCUUGCAAAUACAUGGAACCACUCGAGAGUAGCGCGGCUCUUCAUCUCAGGCUCCAUUGUCCGCUGCGCGGCGUGGAUUUGCAGUCCCGUUGAUUACCGCACGACGCCGGAAUACGCACAAUCGGUACGGCUUUGUGUGGAUCUUGUGACGGAUAUCAUUGCGGGUAUUCCGUACCAUCUUGGCUGGCGUGUUGGCUCGAAUGGGACGUUGGCGACGCCGGGUGAUAUGAGCAGUCCUUCCACAAGCGAGGCAUUCAGCUGUCCGAAAGCGCUGGGAGGGUUCUUCUGUCUCUGGCCACUAUUCGCAGUCAAUAACUCGGAUUACUCGUCUGACUCUCAAAGGAAUUGGGCAAAAGGGAGGCUGCAUUGGAUUUCGGAGAAUCUGGGCAUGAAGCAUGCGAAGGUUUUGAGCUGGGUAUGUUCCCCUUCCCUUUCCCCCUUCUAUAUCUCCCGUCUUUGAGAUGAGAUGGAGGGGAUGAAGGCUAACUGAGGAAAUAGUUCCAACUCCGGCUCCCCUCCAUGGUCAUCCGCCGCGACUGCAUGCUCCACACGCCCCCGUCCGCACAAAUGAUCACCGCAGCAGCAGCGCGUUCCACCUCUCACGGGACCUUCUCCUCGCCUCCCACACCCCACUCACCACUCUCCAACUCCAACUCUAACUCCAACAGCAGCUCUCCAAUCAGCGUUGACCCUCGAGGCAACAGUUGGAUGCCGAGCUCGCCGAGUAAUGGGGGGUUGGGUAUUGGG